AUGUCGUUUACUUCCUCUGAGGGUCCAAAGACUCUUUACGAUAAAGUCUUCGAAGAUCACGUUGUUCAUAAAGAUGAAUCUGGAUCAUACUUGCUAUACAUCGACAGACACUUGCUACAUGAAGUCACUUCCCCUCAAGCUUUCGAGGGCUUGAAGAAUGCUGGUAGACAAGUUAGAAGAACUAACUGUACGUUGGCCACCGUCGACCACAACAUCCCAACAUGGUCCAGAAAGAACUUCCAGAGCACCGAGACCUUCAUUAAGGAACAGGACUCUCUUCUACAAGUUCAAACUUUGAACCAAAAUGUUAAGGAUUUCAACGUUCCUUACUUUGGAAUGACCGAUGCCAAGCAGGGUAUUGUCCACGUUAUUGGUCCAGAACAGGGAUUCACCUUACCAGGUACUACUGUGGUCUGUGGUGAUUCACACACGUCGACUCACGGUGCCUUUGGUGCUCUAGCAUUCGGUAUCGGUACUUCAGAGGUUGAACACGUUCUAGCAACUCAGACCAUUAUUCAAGCCAAAUCCAAGAACAUGAGAAUUCUAGUCAACGGAAAGUUGACACCUGGCGUCACUUCUAAGGACUUGAUUUUGCACAUUAUCGGAGUGAUUGGUACUGCUGGUGGUACUGGUUGUGUCAUUGAGUUCGCUGGUCAAGCCAUUGAGGACUUGUCCAUGGAAGCUCGUAUGUCUAUGUGUAACAUGGCCAUCGAAGCCGGUGCCAGAGCAGGUAUGAUCAAGCCCGAUGACAUUACAUUUGAAUACAUUAAAGGUAGACCACUUGCUCCCAAGGGUGCAGAAUGGGAAAAGGCUGUUAAAUAUUGGAGAACCUUGCAUACCGAUGACGGUGCCCAUUUCGAUUACAACAUCGUGGUCGAGGCAAAGGACAUUAUUCCUACAAUCACUUGGGGUACCUCUCCUCAGGAUGCUCUGCCAAUCAAUGCCUCCGUCCCUGAUCCAACUAAUGUGACUGAUCCGAUUAAAAAGUCAAGUAUGGAGAGAGCUCUUCAAUAUAUGGGUCUAAAACCUAACACUCCUCUGAAGAGUAUCCCAAUUGACAAAGUUUUCAUUGGCUCUUGUACCAACUCUCGUAUUGAAGAUUUGAGAGCUGCUGCUGCUGUUGUUAAGGGUCAGAAGAAGGCGCAAAAUGUUAAACUAGCCAUGGUUGUUCCAGGUUCCGGUUUGGUUAAGCAACAAGCUGAGAAAGAGGGACUUGACAAGAUUUUUGAAGAUGCAGGCUUUGAGUGGAGAGAAGCUGGUUGCUCCAUGUGUCUAGGUAUGAAUCCAGAUAUUUUGGACCCCGAAGAGCGUUGUGCUUCCACCUCCAACAGAAAUUUUGAAGGUCGUCAAGGUGCUAGAUCUCGUACUCACCUGAUGUCACCUGCAAUGGCUGCUGCUGCAGGUAUCGUGGGCCACUUCAUGGACAUCAGAGAAUUUCAAUACAAGGACAAUGAUGUGCCAAAGAUUUCCAUUGAGCAAGACGCCCAAGACAAGGCUCUUCAAGAUGCUGUCUACCAGCACGAGAAGGAACCAUUGCAACAGGGUGAGUCAUUAGACGAGCUUGAAGAUGAUGAGCAAAAGGACAUCCCUCCUGAAGAUCACGUCACCAAGGAAAUGCCUGUGAAAGGUGCCAAAGCCCCAGUUCCAUCAGCAAUGCAACCAUUCUUGACUUUAACAGGUAUUGCCGCUCCACUGGACAAAGCUAACGUCGAUACUGACGCAAUUAUUCCAAAACAGUUUUUGAAGACAAUUAAGAGAACGGGUCUCAAGGCAGGUCUCUUUUACGAAUGGCGUUUUGUCAAAGAUGCUAAUGGAAAGGACCAGGAAACUGACUUUGUCUUAAAUGUUGAACCUUACAGGAAAGCUGAAAUUUUGGUUGUCACAGGUGACAACUUUGGUUGUGGUUCUUCCAGAGAGCACGCUCCUUGGGCGUUGAAGGAUUUUGGUAUCAAAUCCAUUAUUGCUCCAUCCUUUGGUGAUAUUUUCUACAACAAUUCUUUCAAGAACGGUUUGUUGCCCAUUCGUCUACCUCAAGAGGUCAUCUUGGAGAAACUAUACCCACUAGCUAAAGAAGGAACUCCAUUAACGAUAGACCUACCAAACCAAAAGAUUCUAGAUCCACAAGGUAACGUCUUGGUUGACCACUUCGAUGUGGAAGACUUCAGAAAGCAUUGCUUGGUGAAUGGUUUGGAUGAUAUCGGGAUUACUUUACAAAAGGAAGAAUUCAUUCAGAAGUAUGAAGCCAUGAGAAAGGAUAGAUUUUCUUUCUUAGAGAAUGGCUCCAAGCUGUACAUCGCAGCAAGAGGUACUAAGAAGAGCCCAUACGGUAACACCUCUCAAGAGUGGUAA